UUACGAGCAAAAUAUCUAACAAAUAAUCCUGUUGAAAUAAAUAAAUAAUAUUAUUAUUCAAUGCCUAAUCUAGUGGUUUCAUUUCCGGGGCAUAUGAAAAUAUUAUGGGCUUAGUAGGAUUAUAUGGGGUUCGAGAGGUCUACAAACAAUAUUAAAAGAAAAAAAAACUCACUUCAGUGUCCUAAUUAAAGCACGCUAUCGCUCGAUGACCAAAAUGGCACUAGUUUACAGCAUCUGGUGAAGGAAAGUUUCGUAGACAAAUUGCAUUGAAGAGAUUAGUACAAACACCCAUCAAGUGGGCCAAGCCUAUGGGAUAACGGGCACAAGACACAAGGCCCAAAGACCAAGGCCCAAGGCCCAGUUCAACAAUGGGCAUAGCGCCCACGGCCCAUUAAUAAGAGCCAACUAUAAAGUAGGGUCUGUUAGUUUCGGAUUUGUACGCGAUAGUGGCGGCAUUCUUCGGGAUCUGUGGCGCGCUCCCGCCCUUCCUCUCCCGCGAUGAACAGUUUGCCCGAAAUCACCCACUUAUUUACCAAACUAGCCUCCGACCUCCGGCCACCAAACUCCGCCCCCGCCUCCGUCGCGAGGGCCAUCCACUCCGUCGCCGCCUCCCUCAACGACGACGGCGACGACGAGGAGGAGGAGAAGCUCAAUCGUAGGGUUAGGGUUUUGGACGCCGCGCUCUCCCUUAUGUGCUUCAAAACCCCCGAGGUACGCAGAGCUCGGAUCGAGUGUUUGGUUCGCACCAUCACCUCGGUGCUCUCCUCCUCGAUCUCGUGCCGCGUCGUGCGAUCUGAGGGCGGAGACGGUGGCGAGCUCCUGAGCGUUGGGAGCUCGAUCUCGUCGAGGGAUUGCGAUGAGCUCAUUCCAGUGUGCGCGGAUGUUCUCGAGAGAUUGAAGGGUCAUGAUGUUGCAGAGCUUUCAAAUUCUCUAUUAUAUGCUCUUCUAAAAGCCGCAAUAUCAUCAUCUCCUUAUCAAAGCUUUUUCCCUUUGCCACUGAUGCACUAUGAAGACGACGAAGGAAACAGCCGUGAAAAGAGGAUAAUGAUUUCAAGGUUAAAAUGUUUUUUACCUGAAGAAAUGCCUUUUAACGACAAUGAAAUUCCAUUCAGGAUGCUUUUUUGGUAUCUUGAUCCAUCAACUCUAAAGCAUGACAUUUCAGAAAUACUGCGGGAAGCUAUUCAAAGACCCUUCCUUUGCUUGAAGAAGGAAUUGUAUGAUCAAAUGGCUUGGCGUUCUAUAAUCAUAUGCUUGGUAACUUCUCCAACCAUCUUUAUGGAGACAAGAGCACUGUUGCACAGAUGGUUUCUUAUGACGGGUCUGGCUUCUGUAUUGGAUCUUCAAGUUGGAAUAGUGUCGUCAGUGUUAGAUAUUCUUUCCAGGCCAAUGCGGUGGGGCAUAUCAAUGGAGCUGGGAUUGCAAAUUCCAUUUUCAUAUGCUUACUUCCCCAACAAACAUCGCGAGCUUCUCGCUAUAUUAAAUGCAAGCAUAUCAUGCAAAGCAUUUAUGGGACUAGUUUGUUAUAUAAAAGAUUCAAUUCCUUCAUGCGCAAAACUUUCUCAGAACAGUACUUCUCAUCUAUCACUUGGGGUCUGUGAACUUGAAGCUUCAAUGGAUGUGGUAGAUUUUGAUUCUUUCUGGUCAUUGGCGAUGAAUUUCCCUGUUUGGUUCUACUUUGCAAUCUCUUUACUGUUUCAUGGAGAACAUUCACAUGAUUAUCUAUCCAAACUAGUACAUAAUGAAGUAACAACCGAGGAAACAAAGAGUGAUAAGCUAGCCCUGGAUGCUGCUUUUUACAUAUCAUGGAUUUUGAGCCCAAUAAAUGAGGCCCAGCAAAAUAUGCUAGCUGACCAUAUAUUUCAAUCAUCAAGAUCUUGGGUUAGGAAAAGUAUGGCACACUCAAGCUUUGAAGGCAGGUCAUUCUCGAAGAUCAAUUACAAGAAUACAAUUAGCCACAGUAAAAGACUCCAAAUCCCCAAGAAUGAUGACAAUGGGAAACUUCAUAUUUCUACAGAAUUUGACAGUGGCUCAAACGUCAUUCCCUGGCUACGGGAAUUCAAUAGCCAUCGUAUUAAGUUUUGCAGUAGGAUUAGAACACUGGGUGAAGGAGAAUCAGAACACACUGCCAAUUUGCAAUGGAAUUUAGUAUUUUCAAAGAUUCCACUUGGAAUACUGAUUAUGUGCCCUAACUUUCUGAAUGAGAAUGGUUGUGAGGUUUUGCUUCAUUAUGCAGCCACUGGUGAAGCUGUACUGUUGAAAGAGCUGCCAAAUAAAGUAGAGAAAUGUGCUAUGGAGGGAGCCCAUCUCGUGCUUAACUUACUCGAUGAUAUUGAGGAUCUGUCUAGGAUGUUCUUUGAUUGCGAGGACUCUCGUCUUACUUUUAUUAGCCAGUUUAAAGGCAAUACCUGUCGAUACUUGCUUAGAUGUGUGCAUAUGUUGCCUAAAGGGGAGGAUUUCAAUUAUGCUUUUGGAGUGAAAGUAAGAGAUGUGAUGGUUGAUCUUCACAUGAGAUUGGUGAAAUGGAAGCAACAAGGAGGGGAUGAUUUUGAUGGCUGCGAGGCACUUGAAGAUGUUAUCAAGGAGCUCAACGGGUACCUUUCCCUUUCUUGAUGUCAAGAUGAAGAAGCAACUCUCUAUUGUCUGCUGAUAGAAUUUGACAUAAUGGCAAAUGCCUCUAUAUGAGGGUUCAUAUAUUUGACUCCUUGAGAUAUAACCCAUGGACAUCAAGUGUUUGGACAAGCUGGAAGCAACUCAAAGAUCAUAUUCGUUGAGUUCUAUUUUUCAAUUCAGCUGAAGUAGACAAAUUGCAGCUUCUUGAUGAAUCAGCUUAGUGCCUAUUUGCCCUGGCUUCUGGUGGAACUCACCUGUUACAACAAAUGACUGCAAACUGGUGCUAUACGUUUGCCAAACAAAAAGAAAUCUAAUCUUUCCUUACUAUAGUAGAUAGCUAAAAAUGAUCGUGGACCCUCAAAGUAGAAGAAUUGAUUCGAGGCUUCUGCAAAAGAAGGAGAGCUAUUGAGAGGUAUUCAACGUGAAAACUAUGCUACUAUGUUGAAUGGUAAUACCAGAACAUCACUUCUGCAACAGCUUCUGCGGGAUCGAUGAGACCCGUCAAUCAGGUCAAGAACUGAUUUCUGUUGUUUGACGUGGUAACAAUGCUGGACCAACCAUUUCAACUACGUGGGGAUCACAAAGUUAGCUACACUCUUUUGCAUCGGAGAAGAUCCAAAAUCAUAACUUCAAGUAUAGUGACAUGUAUUAUUUUUUUCUCUCUUUUUUUUCGGCCAUGCCCCUUAUAAGUGAUGCUCAUAUUGAAAAUUAUAAGACAUGCUUAGUACUAUUAUUUGUUUUUAGCACACAUAUAGUUAGCGAUUGUAUGUACAUCAUAUAAUGGAAACAAAUAUAGGACAAAUGAAUUAUAGACUUUUUAGAGCAUCAAUAAGAGAUUAGCAAACGAUUAUAUCGUGUUUA